AAUGAAAUUGUUUAUAGAAUUAAUUCUUGGAUAUUUUGAUUAGGUUCCUGAUCGUUCUGUCAGUUUAGCACUGAGAUCGAGUCUUCGGUUUUAUGCGAGUGAGGAAGCAAAACCGAGGACGGGGAAACCACGAGAAGUGACGAGUUAGAAGGCUAGCCAUUUCGAGAUUGAUAUAGAUUUUAGAAAUAAAUCAUGCUUUUAGCUCUUUCAGAAGUGCCAAAUUCAGAUGUGAUCGCUGGAGUUCGAGUUGGUCUUGUUGGUGACAAGUUUGUUGUGAAUCCAACAACAAAGGAGAUGGAAGCCUCAGAUUUGGACUUAUUUCUUGCAGGCACAGAUAGUGCUAUAUUAAUGAUAGAGGGUUAUUGUGAUUUUCUUCCUGAAGAAAGAUUGCUUAAAGCUGUUCAAGUUGGGCAGGAUGCUGUGCGUGCAAUCUGCAGUUCAGUGGAGGCUUUGAUUAAGAAGUGCGGGAAGCCAAAAAUGCUUGAUGCAAUCAAAUUGCCCCCUCCUGAGCUAUAUAAGCGUUUAGAAGAAAUUGCUGGUGAGGAAUUACUGAGAGUGCUGCAAAUUAAAAGAAAAAUACCUAGAGGCAAAGCCAUCUCUUCAUUAGAAGAGAAAGUUAUUAACAUAUUGACGGAGAUAGGAUAUGUCAGCAAGGAGGAAACUUUGGCAACUACUGAAACAUUACUAGAUUUAUUUGAAGAUGAAGAUGAGGAUGAGGAAGUUGUUGUCGAUGGUGAAGUAGACGAAGGUGAUGUACACAUAAGGCCAAUUUCACGAAAAUCCACUCCAUUGCUGUAUUCUGAGGUAGAUGUGAAGCUGGUAUUUAAAGAAGUCUGUUCCAAAUACCUAAGGAAACGUAUUGUGGAGGGAGGAAAACGAAGUGAUGGGCGGUCCCCAGAGGGGAUACGUCCAAUCACAUCAAGAUGUGGAUUGCUUCCAAGGGCACAUGGAAGUGCUCUUUUCACACGUGGUGAAACACAGUCAUUGGCAGUGGUUACGCUCGGUGAUAAACAAAUGGCACAAAGAGUUGACAAUCUUGUUGGUGAAGAUGAAUUCAAGAGGUUCUAUCUUCAGUAUUCUUUUCCUCCAUCAUGUGUUGGGGAGGUUGGAAGAAUGGGAGCACCUAGCAGGCGAGAAAUCGGACAUGGAACACUAGCAGAAAGAGCACUUGAGCGUAUACUACCUUCUGAAGAUGAUUUUCCUUACACUAUACGCGUUGAGAGUACAAUUACUGAAAGCAAUGGUUCCUCUAGCAUGGCAUCUGUUUGUGGAGGUUGCUUGGCAUUGCAAGAUGCUGGUGUUCCAAUAAAGGAUUCUAUUGCUGGGAUAGCAAUGGGUAUGGUUUUGGAUACCAAAGAAUUUGGGGGAGAUGGAGCACCACUUAUUUUGUCUGACAUAACUGGAUCAGAAGAUGCUUCUGGAGAUAUGGAUUUUAAGGUUGCCGGAAAUGAAGAUGGUGUAACUGCUUUUCAGAUGGACAUUAAGAUAGGAGGAGUCACUUUACCUGUUAUGAAGGAGGCACUCCUACAAGCAAAGGAAGGUCGCAGAUGUAUUCUUGCUGAAAUGUCAAAAUGUUUGCCACCUCCUGCAAAUAAACUCUCCAAGUAUGCUCCAAUUAUUCACAUCAUGAAGGUUGCUCCUGAAAAAGUGAACUCUAUUAUUGGUUCUGGGGGUAAGAAGGUGAGAAGUAUCAUUGAAGAAACUGGAGUUGAGACUAUUGAGACACAAGAUGAUGGAACUGUGAAAAUCACUGCAAAGGAUUUGUCAAGUCUAGAGAAGUCUAAAUCCAUUAUCAGUAGUCUGACCAUGGUUCCAACAGUUGGUGAUAUCUUCAGGAAUUGCAAGAUAAAAUCAAUUGCUCCUUACGGAGUUUUUGUAGAGAUUGCACCAGGACGGGAGGUUCAAAUCCCUUCAAUGGCAUUUGGAUGCAAACAAUUCCAAUGGGCCACACUUGCCACCCUUGAAGGUGGAGCUCUACGAAGUACUUGUGCACAGAGCCUUUUGCAAGGACUUUGUCACAUUAGUGAACUGACUGCUGAGUAUUUGUCAAAAGCAGAAGAUAUGUUUAAAGUUGGUGAUCAUGUUGAUGUUAAACUUAUUGAGGUGAACGAUAAGGGUCAACUUCGACUUAGCCGCCGUGCACUUCUUCCUGUACCUGAAACUAACCUGGAGAAACCCAGUUCAAAUGAGGCUGUCAAAGACAUUGCUGCUUCCCAAAAAGCGUCUGAUAAGAUGACUCCUAAAAAGCCAAUUAAUGCACCAAAAGAUGGACUAACUGAAGAAAAGGGUGAACAACCUGAUUAUAAUAUAGCUGCAAAAAAGCUUGUAAGUGACUCCGAAAGUAGUUGUGCAGAGAAUCUACUGCCACGAAAGAAAGUUUCCAAGAAAGUGAAGAAGGGCAGCAACAAAGCUGUUACUGGAAUUUCAGGCAAAGUCGAAGAGUAGUAUGGUCAAGCGUGAUGCUGGAAGUAAAUGGCAUUAUUAUUGUGCACAUACAUAGUUACAGGGGCUUCUUGUUUACCGUUAUCUUUGUGAGAAAGCUGAUGGAACUGGUUCCAUGCGAGGAUGAGUAAGAGCAUAUUCCUCAUCAAAUACCAGAAACCUCAUCCUGGUUUGUCAAAUAAUAAUCACAAGCUGGACUUAAAGAGCUGUAGUUCUCUUGUCAAGUGCUUGCCUAAGAAGGAGCUGCAGAUGUUUGCCGAGACGGUUGAUGCUCGCUUGAUCUCAAUUUUGGUGCACUGAUUCCCUCUUCUUCCUUCUUCUUUUUUUUUUUAUUAUUUUUUUCUCUGGUAUAUGGGAGGACUAAAAUUUUGCUAGAAUGAUUGUAGGAGUUUUCCAUGUAUAUCAGUAGGCGUUGCAGUCAGACUUGUGCAGGGCUUUUGCAUGCACAACAUUGUGGAGAGGAAGUCUUGCUUUGCUGCAUUGAUUUUUUUACUCUUCGUGUACAAUUAAAAUUUUCAUCUUUAAUACAUGUCUGUCAAGUAGCAUCAUUGUCGGUAACUUUUCUUCGGCUUUAAAGACUCUUCAUGGCUCAAGUACUUCAGUGAUUUGUUUUACUCUUCAUGCCUCAAUAAUUUUUUGUUCACUUUAUAUUUUCUCAAAACAAUUGCAAAACCAUAAGUUAAGCCCCUGAACCAACCCCAGAAUCGCUAUUAAGCCCCUAGACUCUAAUUGAUGCAUUUAAGCUCCUGAACUCUACAAUCCGAGCAAAUUUGCCCCUCCUCUCACAGUCAACUUAACUGCUGCUAACUGCCGUUCGAGGACUGCAUCGUGUGGUGAAAUGUGGCUGUCU